GGAAGACGGUGUUUGUGGGGCAUUGUAAUUCUAUGCGGAGAUUUUCUUUUCUUUUUGUUUCCUUUUCUUUAAUUUUCCCGUUGUUUCCAUCAUAUUUUUUUUCCCUCUCACUCGCUCACUUUCUCUCGCUUUCUCACUGUCCGUUGGAACCAAACAGUGCUUCGCUCACUCUGUUGUUUCUUUCUCUCUCUAUCUCUAAAACACUCGCGCACUUCCUUCUUUCUCACUCUCACUGAAAUAAUAUGAGCAGAGUGCGCAUUACAUUUCAUCACUGGUUAUGAAUCCCACCACCGAACCAUCUCAACUUCAGCCCCCGCAGCCACCACAGCCCCACCGUCCUUCCACCUCUUGCGACCGUCAUCCAGACGAGCAUUUCACCGGUUUCUGCCCCUCAUGCCUCUGCGAGCGCCUCGCCGUGCUCGAGCCCUCUUCAUCCUCCGCUUCUUCUUCCCGCAAACCCCCCAUUCCUACUACCAGCACCGCCACCGCUGCACUUAAAGCUAUUUUUAAGCCUUCCGGUGGGACUGGUAGUUCUAAGCCUUCCUUUUUCCCUGAGCUCCGCCGCACUAAGUCCUUCUCAGCCUCCAAAAACGAGGGCUUCUCUGGCGUGUUUGAGCCACAGAGAAAAUCCUGUGACGUUAGGGUUCGGAGCACUCUCUGGACCCUCUUUUAUCAAGACGACGAUAGAAAUCCUUCCAAAAGGGACUCUUUCAAAGGUCCUGAAAUCGAGGUUGAGUCUAGAAUUUCUUCGUCUAGCGUUCGAGGUCCCGUUUUUGAGUCCAAAGAAGAGGAGGAAAUCGAAACCGACUCCGAUAAUGAGAAGGACAAUGAGAGUGGAGACAUUAUCCGGGUUUUGGACGAGCCCAUUUUAACUGCUAGAAACUCCAAUGCCAACCCAAUUGAAGAGAUUAUAGAGGAAGAUGAAGCUAUUGUUAUAGAGCCAGAGCAAGUGCAAGAGGAGGAGCUCAAGCCCAUGAAGGACCACAUAGAUCUCGAUUCACAAACCAAGAAGCCUUCAGGGAGAGAUUUUAAAGAGAUUGCAGGUAGUUUCUGGUCUGCUGCUUCAGUUUUCAGCAAGAAAUUGCAGAAAUGGAGACAAAAGCAGAAGCUCAAAAAGCGGAGAAAUGGUGGGCCCGGUUCGGCCACAUUGCCGGUGGAGAAGCCGAUUGGCCGCCAGUACAGGGAGACCCAGUCGGAAAUUGCAGAUUACGGGUUCGGCAGAAGAUCUUGCGACACGGAUCCGAGAUUCUCGCUUGAUGCAGGCAGGAUUUCAUUUGAUGAUCCUCGCUACUCCUUCGACGAGCCCCGUGCUUCGUGGGAUGGGUAUUUGAUUGGAAGAACGGUUCCGAGAAUGCCCACCAUGGUUUCUGUGGUUGAGGAUGCUCCUGUUAAUGUUGUUUUAAGGUCUGAUACUCAAAUCCCAGUUGAAGAACCACAGUCAAUGCCCAUGAAUUCCAUCCACGAGGAUGAGACUGUACCUGGUGGUUCUGCUCAAACCAGGGACUAUUAUUCUGAUUCUUCGUCUAGGAGGAGGAAGAGCCUCGACAGGUCUAGUUCUAUAAGGAAAACAGCGGCGGCUGUUGUGGCCGAGAUUGACGAGUUGAAGUCUGCUUCUGCUUCUGCUUCUGCUUCUGCUUCCAAUGCCAAAGUGUCCCCGGCAACUGUAGAUUACAUCCAUGGACCCAAGUUGGUGAUUCCUGACAGGGAUUCAAGGGAUUCAAACUCCAAUUCUUUAAGGGACGACUGCUCUGAGACUUUCGAAAUGGGGUUUAGGGACCACGCACCAAUAGUGGGGAAUGGUGAAAGGAAGGGGCCCAAGAAGUCCCGGAGAUGGAGCAAGGCAUGGAACAUUUGGGGGUUUAUACACAGGCGAAGUGUGAACAAAGAUGAGGACGAGGAUAGGUGUAGCAGAGUGAAUGGGGUUGAGAGGUCAUUUUCAGAGUCUUGGCCAGAAUUGAGAGGGGAGCGAAAUGAAGCGAGGGGCGCUUUUAAUCCAAAGAUGUUGAGGAGCAAUAGCAGUGUUAGUUGGAGGAAUUCCAAUGGUUUAGGUGGUGUCUCAUUUGAUAGUGCAAGAAAGAGCAAUGUGGAGACUAAUGGGUAUGGAAGAAAGAAGAGAGACGAGUUUGUAUUGGAGAGAAAUAGAAGUGCCAGGUAUUCGCCAAACAACAUUGAUAAUGGACUGUUAAGGUUCUACUUGACACCGAUGAGGAGUAGCCGGAGAGUUGGGUGGGGGAAGAGCAAGUCCAGCCAUGCACAGUCUAUUGCAAGAAGCGUACUGCGAUUGUACUAAAUUGAAUUGGGUGAGAGGUCCAUAAUAGAUGUUUCUUUGGUUUAAUGUUGUUAAUUUUGAUGCAUUUGUUGUGUAAGCACACAUGCCUAAUGUAUUCUUAAUGAGUUGGUUGGUUGGAAUUUGGAUAAAAGAAAAGCGCUCUUGAAUUUGUUGCCUUUCC